GAGGAGGAGGGGAGGAUGGACGCAGAGCGGGUUUCUGAGGAGAAGCAAGGAGGCCUCGGGUGGGCCCUGGAGUCUUCUCUGAGGCGAAUGACGGGAGAGGGAGAAAGCAUUAUGGGAUGGAGAUCCCUCGGGAAGCGCAACGUGAGCAUAAUGGUAUCAAUCCCAGAGUACUACGAAGGCAAGAGCGUUCUCCUCACUGGAGCUACUGGAUUCAUGGGGAAAGUUCUGCUGGAAAAGCUGUUAAGGUCUUGUCCAAAGGUGAAAGCAGUUUAUGUGUUGGUGAGACACAAAGCAGGGAAAGCACCUCAAGAACGUGUGGAAGAAAUGAUCAACUGCAAGCUGUUUGACAGAUUGAGAGAUGAACAGCCAGAAUUUAGACAAAAAAUUAUAGCAGUUGCUAGCGAUCUGACAGAAACAGAAAUGGCCCUUAGUGAGGAGGACAAGGAGAAUCUCAUAGAGUGUACCAACAUUAUAUUUCAUUGUGCUGCUACUAUAAGAUUCAAUGAAAUUUUAAGGGAUGCUGUUCAGCUCAAUGUAAUUGCAACACAACAACUUCUCUUCUUGGCUCAGAGGAUGAAGAAUCUUGAAGUGUUUAUCCAUGUUUCAACAGCAUAUGCAUACUGCAACCAAAAGCACAUUGAUGAAGUUAUCUAUCCACCUCCAGUUGAUCCUAAGAAAUUGAUAGAUUCUCUGGAGUGGAUGGAUGACAGCCUAGUGAAUGAUAUUACACCAAAACUAUUAGGAGACAGACCUAAUACUUACACCUAUACGAAAGCCUUAGCAGAAUACAUUGUACACCAGGAAGGUUCAAAAUUAAAUGUAGCCAUCAUAAGGCCAUCAAUUGUGGGUGCCAGCUGGAAGGAACCUUUCCCAGGCUGGAUUGAUAACUUUAAUGGACCUAGUGGCCUUUUUAUUGCUGCAGGAAAAGGAAUUCUUCGAACAAUGCGAGCCUCCAACAAUGCAGUGGCAGAUCUUAUUCCAGUAGAUGUAGUCAUCAACACAACUAUAGCUGCUGCUUGGUAUUCGGGAGUUAAUAGGUAUAACAGACCAAGAAAUAUUAUGAUAUACAACUGUACAACUGGUGGCACGAAUCCCUUCCGCUGGGGUGAAGUUGAGUGUUACCUAAAUUUGAUUUUCAAGAGGAAUCCUUUAGAACAAGCAGUAAGGCGUCCCAAUAUUAAACUCCAGUCCAACCCUCUUAUACAUCAUUAUUGGACUACAGUCGCUCACAUACUUCCUGCGUUGUUAUACGAUGUUGUUCUCAGGUUGACAGGUCAGAAACCGUGGAUGAUGAAAACAAUAACACGUCUUCACAAGGUUAUGAUGCUAUUAGAGUACUUCACUAGUAAUUCUUGGGACUGGAACACAGACAACGUAAAUAUGCUUAUGAACCAGUUGGGCCCUGAAGACAAAAAGGCAUUUAAUUUUGAUGUUCGACAAUUACACUGGGCAGAAUACAUGGAAAACUAUUGCAUGGGCACUAAAAAAUAUGUACUAAAUGAGGAAAUGUCAGGACUUCCUGCAGCUCGGAAACACCUGAACAAGCUAAGGAACAUACGUUACGGCUUCAAUACUGUGCUUGUGAUCCUCAUCUGGCGUAUUUUCAUUGCAAGGUCACAAAUGGCAAGAAACAUCUGGUAUUUUGUUGUCAGCCUGUGUUACAAGUUCCUCUCUUACUUCAGAGCAUCCAGCACUAUGAGAUACUGAAGAUGACAGUUCUAGCAUUAGGACAUCUAUGCACAUGGUGGUCUAAUGGCACAAAGCCGUAUAAUGUACCUACUCAUCUUGUCUUUUGUAAAAACACAAACUAUUAGAUCUGGAUUGUGAAAUACAGUACAUGUGAUGCUUAAUUGUGUAUUUCUGUGAAGAUUAUAUGGCUGGUACUGGAUCAUUUUGUCAUUAGACAAAUAUGUAGGUUAAAUAUCCAGACAGAUUCACUAUCUAUGUACGAGGAAACCCUUUAGGCCACUGACCAGUGUAACUGUGCAAUUCUGGAAUGCAUUGAAUUAAAAUCUGCCUUAACAUAGUAAACUUAAUUUUUAUUGCAAAUAAGCGCAUUUAGUUAAGGUGAACAAAUUACUGGCUUAGAUGGUAGAUCUAUUUAUUUGAACCUUUUAAAUUGCGAUGAGUUUGUCUGAUUAAUCUUAUGAGAGAUAAGUCUUUGUAAAUUAUUGUAAGUUGUUCAUUCUCUUUAUCAUAUUUUUCUCACUUCCUUCUUAGUGAUUUGAAGGAUGUAAUUAAGAUUACCAAAAGAUGUUAACCAUAAUAAUAAUUUGUUUGAUCUACUCUUGAAAAUACACCUACUGACCCAGAUUGGCUCAUAGGAAAUUGAACUAAUUAGCCUGACCACAGUGUAUGUCCAUGCAGCAUCAGAAUACGCAGCUGAACAUCCCCCCUCAUCCCUCCUCACAAAUGCUUUUUAUACUCCCCCAAAUUGAAGAUGUAAAGGAUCUGCUUGUAUGAUCAAGAAAUGGUCAGAUCCGUUAAAGAUACAGGCAAGGGAAAUAUGCCAUUACAGAUAAUGAGAAUUUUUCAAAAAUGGCAAAGAAAUCAGGAACUUUAAAAACUGAGAUUCAGAACAUCAAAUUGUUUAAGAAAUUUUACACCUUCACUAAGCGAAAUAUGCUUCCCUGCAUGGUUUGAUUUGGCAGGAAAAAUGCAUUUACAAAAUUCCUUGCUAAAAGAUAGGCUUGAUAGAAAUAGGCCAGAAUCCUGCUGGGAAAAUGCAGAGUGGAAAGGCAGUCGUGCAAGUCUUUUUUUCUUUUGUGUACUGUCCUUUGUAUUACCUCAUCAGGAAUGGAACUGGGUAGUUUGUCUGAAGGAUAGGCUGCUGGAGAAAGGGAAAUGGGGUAUGAUUGGCCUUGCAUGCAAAAUAAGAUUUUGGCCAUAAUACUUUAAAAUAGCCAUUUAAAGCUGAGCUAUAAAAAAAUUCUGUGUUAACAUUAGUGGAAUUUUUAUAUAGAAUUGACCACAUACAUCUGUUUGACACAGGAGUAAACCAACUAACUUGUACCACGCCUUUUAAAAAAUUAAUAUGCUUAAGUUAAUUGUGAACAAAUCCUUGAUGAAUCAUACAAAUGUUUUACACAAGGCAUAUGUCAUUCUAGUUCCACAGGCAAAGCUGCUUUUGCAACUCUGGAAAUCUGUCCUGCAAGGUUGCAUUUGACUUUAGAGAGAGAACCUCAUUGUUGAUGAUUCUCUGAAGUGCUUAACUGUAUGGUGUAAUUUUAAAAAAGUGUAUAAUCUUUCCAGAGAUACAAAAUGUUACAUGGUCAAGGACCACACCAUUAAGAAGUGUGUGAGACUGGUGUGACACUGGUAGAAAUAUAAUAAAUUGUGGGUUCUGUGUUUUUUUUUUCACUUGACUGCAAUAUUCCUACUAUAUGUUGUUACAGCUGCUCCCUGACUUGAAACUUGACAUUUGGCAUGUUGUGGACUUAAUUUUGCACAAGAUGCCUGGAACCCAAGAAGCUACCAUGGAAUGUGUGUAUAUGUGUUUGUGUGCGUAUACAUGUGUGUGAACUUGGUGAGAGAAACAAUUACAAAAAAGCUUAGAUUUUCAUUUUAGGCAGUCGUUUUUAGCUCUAUACCUUGUUUUUAUGAAACAAAUACUUGCUAUCCACUUAAAUAAAUGCAGCUGAGAAAACACUGCUACUGUCCAUAAUACCAAAAUAUAUCUGAUGAUUAACUAAUGGAUUCCUAAGAUAUUAGUUCAGUAUGAAUGGUUGCCUAAUGUUCUUGUGCAACAACAUGCUGUAUCACAAAAAUUUCUAGAGUUCCACACAGAUCUGGCUGCUGAAGGCAUUUUCUUAAAUCUAGCAAGUGUUGCUAGUCAUAAUAAUGUUGCAAGUAUGUUUUUCAGACUUCUUAAUUUUGAAUACUGUACUAUCCAUAUAUAUGAGUGUUAGUCUAAGAAGUCUCAUUGGUUUUAAGAAUCUGUCAGUCAUAAAUGAAGGAAGAACAUUCAGAAGAUCACUUAGUAGGAGUGCCGGAAUUUAAAAUUUGGGACCAUAGGAAGAACUUUACAAUGGAGUUUUCUUCUAUAGGAACAUUCUGGCAAGAAAAUUUUAAAUCGUAAGCUUUUUAUAAACUAGAAAUAUUGGGUGCCUUUGUUUGUAAACCAAAAAUAAAAAUAAGCCUGAAUAUGAUCUUUGUUGAAUUCAUCAAGUUUAUUUUAAUUGCCCAGAAAUUUUAACUGAAAACAUCAUAUGCUUUGAAGUAGACAUUAAUAUGUUCUGUACUUUGAAUAGAUAGCAGUAAGACUUUUCUAAGUGUUUUUAGUAUUCUACACAAGAAAAGCAACCUAUAUAUCAUGGCCAGUUUUUCUUGUUAAGCUCAACAGGUGUUUUUUAAUUUCCAUCUUGAAAUGAUAAAAUCAGUGCCAGUGUAACUAUUAUAUUUCUUAAGCAAGUGGAAAAAGUUAACCAAUUACAAUGUAAUUGUUACCUUACUGCAUAAAGGAUAAUUCUGUGCAUUUUUAUUCAAAGUAAGUCCCAGUGAGUUAAUUGGUACCAACAUCUGGUAAAAACCUAUAGAACAACAUAUUUCUUUAGCACUUACUUUGUUUCAGAAAAUUUUAGACCUUUACGUGCAACAAAUUCAAUUUAUUUAAUCUUUUUAAAUCUUCUGCGGUAAGAGUAAGGUGCAUUGUCAGUCUUAAUAUAUGAUAGCUUUGCACAAAAAAUGUGUAACUGCUGUGUGCCAUAUUCAGGUCCUGUAGGGCUCAAAAAAAGAGGUGCAGUCAUUUUCUCUUAGAUACUUCAACUUAACUUGUAGUAUUAAAAUUAGCAGAAACCGCCACUUCUUCCUUGUUGUUAAAAUGCAAGCAACCAGACUGACCAAGGGUUAGAUUUUGAUUCAUGAAUGAAUCAAGCAUUUUCUACUGUUCUGCAUUAUCUUGUUAUCCUACUCACAGUUAAUCUUUUGCUUUAAAUUAUGAUGGUAUAGAACUACUUUAUAUGGUCUGAUAUGUGAAGGCUUUAUAUCUGAUUGUCCAAAUUUAAAGUAAUAUAAUGGACAGAAAUGAAACAGUUAAGUCAUCUGCAUCAAGUGAUCAUGUUUACAUGCCAUGGAAUGGGAUAUAUGAUGGCAGGAUUCUUCAGUUAUCACCAGCCCUUGAUCACAUAGAAUUAAAAGCAGACAAAUAUGUAAUAUACCUAUUGUAUAUCAUGUUAUUAAAGUAGAAGACACUUUUCUACAGAAAGGUUUUGCAGUUUUCCCUCUGGGAUGGAACAGGAAAAUACUAGUAAAGUUCUUUUAGAAUUAUGUUUCAUAGUCACAGAGCAGUGACUGAGAAAAAGAUCAUUAAUAAGUGUAUUAAUAGAAUUAUGUCCAGAUUAAGAGAAGUAAUAGUACUUCUCUACCAUCCUUUUAUCAGUUUCCACUUGGAAUACUUUAUCCAGUUCUCUGCACCAAGAGCAUAAGGGUAUUGACAAGUCAGAACAUGUCCAGAAUAGGAGGGCAAAUGUUGAAAGAUAUGGAAACUGAGCCUGUGAGGAAUGUAUGAAGUUGUAUGCUUCUCUCUGUGAAGAUUGAGAGGUGAUAUACUUCAAAUGUUUAAUAUUACUACCAUGCAAAAGAUGGUGCAGUCUUGUUUUCUUUGGAGUGUGAGAACUUAAUUGGAAUCAAAUUGUAAGAAAGGAGAUUUUGACUAAACAUUAGGGACAACUUCCUCAUGGUAUCAUCUGUUCAGCAAUGCAACUGCCAGCUCAGAAUAUACUGGACUCUCCUUUGCUGAAGGCUUUAAAACAGUAAUUAGAUGGCUAUAUGGGAAGGAUGCUUUAUCUUUGGAUUUUCUGUACUAGCAGGGGUUGGAUUAGAUCACACCUGGAGUCUAUUUCAGUUCUAAUUAUAUGCAAACAUUUUGUGAAAGUCUUGCAUGAGCACAUAGUAUCAGAAAUAAAUUUAUCAUAUAGGAGGAAAUUUCUAAGUCGCGGCUUUUAAGAUAAAAACUACACUAUAAUUCAGUCAAAAAGAAAAUAACUGAAAUUCUUAGCACCUGAAGGAAGAUUACUAUACUAAGGACUCCAGGUACCAUCACAUAUUAGUAUUCAGGCCUCAUGCUUGUUCUCAGAUAACCCAUGUCAAACUACUUUACCCUUGGUAUUAACAGGAAAGGCUUCUAAACAGACUGUCUUGAUACCUGUCGUGUAGUUAACAUGGUUCAGUAUUGUAGCUAUCCCAAACUCACUUUGUUUCUUAUUCUGUCCUGAACAAGAAAAGAUGUAUUAACAUUAAUGUCAACAAUGUCAAAAUACUGGUUAUGUGUGAGUUACGAAUAAAAGAUUGCACCAACAAUUGA